AUGGCCGAAAUCCACAACACCAGUAGUCCCCAGCCUACCCAAACCCUUGUCGAUGACAAUGAUGAGGUGGCGGCGGCGAACACCAGUGAUGUCAUUACCUUGAACAUCCUCAAUAUGCCGGCGACAUCGAACAAUCAUUCACCAUCAACAGCGACAUCUACCACAUCCUCACUGUCCUCAGGAUCAUUUGUCCGCCCCACAACACCCACCCCCCUGGCAAGACGUUUUUUCACCCGGAAACCUGAAGGGCUGCAUUUAAAUAUUUUGGAAAAGUCGAUGGACACCAGUACCAACACAAAUACAACACCAACGGCCACCAAUAAUGCUCCGACAGCAGGAUACCAUAACAAGGCCACACCAUUAUCGCCAACACCUGCAUCGCACACCCCAUUAACCACAGCCUCUUCGUUGUUCUCGUACGAGGAGAAUAUGUCAACGAAACAAAUCAAUAUCGGAUUUGAAAAUAUUCGCUAUUCCGCAAGACUGGGAUUUUUUAAGAGUGAAACCAAAGAUAUUCUACACGGCAUCACAGGAUUUUUUAAGGCCGGUGAACUAAGUGCCAUUGUUGGACCAUCGGGAGCGGGGAAAAGUACCUGCCUGAAUAUACUCUCAGGAUAUACAUCAUUUGGUUAUAGCGGUGAUGUUCUGGUCAAUGACACUGUCCGCGACAUAAAGGCCUUUAAGCAAAAUGUUGCAUUUAUCACACAGGAUACUAGUCUACAGCCGUAUCUGACGGUCAAUGAGGCCAUGCAUUUUUCGGCAAAUUUAAAAAUUGGCGCUCACAUGAGUAAAAGUGCCAAACGGGAGAGGGUGAAAAAGAUCUUAGAAGCUAUUGGCAUGUAUGAAAAUCGCCAUACCCGAACGGGUCAGCUGUCCGGUGGCCAAAAGAAACGUUUAUCCAUAGCCUUGGAAUUGGUCAAUAAUCCACCGGUAUUAAUUUUGGAUGAACCAACGAGCGGCCUGGAUAGCUCCACCUCCAAUCAAUGUAUAUCCCUGCUAAAGAAACUGGCCCUGGAAGGACGUACCGUGAUCUGUACCAUACAUCAGCCCAGCGCCCUGACCUUUGAGAUGUUCGAUCAUUUGUAUGCCAUUGCACGAGGCAGCUGCAUUUAUUCGGGUGGAACACAAAAUCUGGUGCCAUUUUUGGCCGAUGUAGGUUUAGAUUGCCCAGAGUCAUACAAUCCCGCCGAUUAUUUAAUGGAAAUUGCCACCGAUGACUAUGGACCACAAAAUGAAAAGCUAAUAGCCCGAAUUGAAAAUGGUCGAAAUAACAGCUAUCGGCAGACGAAGGCUGCAAGGGCCAAACAAUUGGAGGCCAUGCAUAAAAUUGAUAAAAUGAUGGCCUCUGGCCUCAUGACACCCGUCACCGCCCCCGUGCUGCCCACACCUACAACCACCACCACGACCUCGGGGACAAACAAUAAACCCCUCACACCCAUUAAGGAAAUGGCAUCGCGUUUAGGUGAUAGUCAUGGCCUGCUGAGUGAUAAUACCAAAGAUCUGGACUCAUCGAGUGCCGAGAACGGCUGUUGCCCCGCCCAACAACAACCGAAUUUGUGUAAAAGUGAAAAUAUUUAUGCCACACCCUUCUACCGGCAAUUGGGUAUCCUGCUGCUGAGAACAUUCCUGAUAUUAUGGCGUGAUAAAUCCCUAACACUGAUACGCUUCGUUAUACAUUUGAUAACGGCCCUGAUGAUCGGAUUUAUUUACUAUGGCAUCGGCAAUGAGGCCGAGAAUGCAUUGAAUAAUUUCCGUUACUGUUUCUAUUCGAUUAUGUUCAUCAUGUAUUCGGCAUUUUCAUCGAUUUUAGUUAAAUUCCCCCUGGAAUUCCCCAUUGUGUCGCGUGAACAUUUCAAUCGUUGGUAUUCCCUUAGGGCCUAUUAUGUGGCAAUAACCCUUGCCGAUAUACCCAUACAAAUGGUGUGUACCACAGUCUAUAUAGUCAUUACAUAUUGGCUGACGGAUCAACCGGCUGACCUCUUUCGAGUGGUAUUAUUUUGUGUAAUGGUCUUUUUAACGGCAUUGGUGGGCCAGAGUAUUGGCUUGGCUGUGGGUGCCUCAUUGAGUAUAAAGCUGGCUGCCAUAUUGGGUCCCUUCUUCAUUUGCCCCUUCCUAACCUUCUCCGGUUUCUUUGUACAGGAAAAACAUGCACCCGAAACCCUUAAAUGGCUGUUUAAAACCUCAUUUCUAAAAUAUAGUUUUGAAGGUUCGGUCCUAUCGAUAUUCGGUUAUGAUCGGCCCCGUUUGCAGUGCAAUGCCAUGUAUUGUCAUUAUUCGCGACCACAGGUCUUUCUCAAAGAUGUCGAUAUGCAGGAGGCGAAUUAUCAAAUGGCGAUACUUUUCUUGGUAUCGAUAUUUUUAGCAUUGCGUAUAAUUGCCUUUUAUAUAAUGUCAUUUCGAUUGCGUUUAUUUAGAUAG